AUGUAUGUAGGGGCUCCGCAAGACUCAGUUCUUGCAGCAACAUUAUUUCGUCUUCAUCUCCCUUUUUUGCCACAACGCUUCUUUCAAGCAAUAUCACACUCUUCUGCAGAUGAUUUAGCUAUUGUCUUAACUGGAUCCCUCGAGAAGCGUUUUUCACACAAUAUCGAAGACUUUGAAAAACGUGCGCAAGCUGUGUUAAAAGUAUUAGAGAAAUUCUCAGACGAUAAUAUUCUAGCUGUUAAUGUUCCCAAAACGAAAGCACUCCUUGUUCACAGCGUUGUAGCUCCCAAGAAACCUCAACUCACAUAUAAAGGAAUUCUGAUUGCUUUUGUAAAUUUUUUCAAGUAUUUAGAUGUUGAAAUUCGAACUAAAAUGGGUUAG